AUGAUCAUCUUGUUGCCACUAAUCUCUUCUCUCUUUUCGCUCACCAACUCAGCGAAUCUUCAACGCUUAAAGCGUCAAGUGCAAACUGUUUACAUUUGUGGAAGUGGUUUGGGACAAUAUAUCUCAAAUUAUCCUUGUCAAAAUUGGGGAUGCGAAAAUGGUGGUUGCAAUAACGGAUGUUCGAAUGGGAACUGUCAAUACUCGAAUGGGAUCGUUUCACCAACCUUCUACAAACCGUACUCGAAUUGUAACUCUGGAUGCGGCAAUGUCAACUGCAACAACUUCUAUGGACAGUAUUUAAACGGCCAAUACAUCGCUUACAGUCCCACCAACAACGUCUAUUCGGCAUGCGCGAGUGCGUGUUGCAAUCGACGACAAUAUCUGCCAAUGAAUAACUAUAACAAUAUGGUGAUUGGUCAAGGAGCCGUACCAUUUAAUGGAAAUGGUUGGAACGUUCCCCAAAUCGGUCAAGGAGCUUUUCCAACAGGACAACAACCAAUUGGAACGAUCAAUAAUCACGCUUGCAUAAAUGGUCAAUGUCCAACUGGAUAUCAGUGUCAGAAUGGUCGUUGCGUGAAUCUUUUCACCGCUCCUCUUCUCCGCUGCACUGCUGAUGGUGGCUGUGAGAGUGGUUUCAAGUGUGGACCCGGGAAUUUGUGUUAUCCGACAAUCAGUUUGAAU